AUGGAGAGGCGCCUGAUAAAUGCUUCCAGUGGCGGUUCCUUAGGAGAUAUGACACCAUCUGAAAUUCAGAAGUUGAUCGAGAAGAUGGCAAUAGAGUCAAAGCAUUAUGGAAAAAAGGACGAGUGGUAUUCGGAUCAGCCAAGGGUUGUCAAAGAAAUUAGCAAUGCUCAUCUAGAUUCCCAGAUAUAUGAACUGGAAAAAGUUGUUAUACUCUUUACAAAGGAAAAAAUAGUUGCAAAGAAACCAUGUGGAAUCUUUUUGAAGACGGAACAUCCAACAGAUAUGUGUCAAUUACUCCAAGAGGACAAACCUGCAGUCAAAGCUGUUGGAGGCUAUCAAAACAAUUAUCAAAAUAAUUUUCAGCAAAAACAACAAUAUUUGAUGCCAUCUAAAUUCCAUCAGCAGCGAAAUUAUCAGCAACUAAAUAUCCAGCCCAACUUUCAGAAUCUGAAUCAACAAAAUUUUCAAGGUACGAAUUUUCAGAAUCAGAACACACAUCAACAACCCAGCAAUUCCAGUGUUGCUUUAGUAGAUUUUGUGAAGAGUCUUGCCAUGAGCACGCAAACAUUCCAGACAGAAACCAGAGCUAAUAUCAAGAAUCUGGAACAACAUGUGUCUCAACUUGCUACUUUUGUGGGUCAUAUGCAAUCUCAAGGAAAGUUACCGGGUCACACUAAAAACAAUCCAAAACAUAAUGUGAGUGAAGCUGAAGAGGAAUAUGAAGAAAUUCUGGUAGAAGAAGGAGAUGUAAAAGAAACAGAAAAAGAAGAGGAAGAAUAUGAAGAGGUGUUGGUUGAACCAGAAUCUAAAAAGCUGGAAGAAAAAGAAACUCCAACACCAGUGAAGUCAAACCUAAAGGAUUACAAGCCUUUACCUUCAUUCCCAUCAAGACUGAAGAGUUUGAAACGCAAAAGAGAGGAUGAGAACAUUAUGGAAAAUUUUCAUAAGGUUGAGCUGGAAAAAAAUAUUUCUUUAAUUUUGCAAAAAGGUUUGGCUCCAAAGUGCAAGGAUCCGAGAAUUUUCUCGAUUCCUUGUAAAUUGGGGGACCUUAAUUUUCCAAAAGUUGUGCUUGACUUAGGAGCUUCAGUCAAUGUCCUUCCCUAUUCUGUUUUUGAAAAAUUAAAAAUGAGAACUUUACAGAAGACCGGGACAAUUAUCAAGUUGGCUGACCACUCGAUAGUACACCCAAAAUGUGUACUGGAGGAUGUUCUUGUCCAAGUGGAUAAUCUGAUUUUUCCCACUGAAUUUUAUAUUUUGGAUAUUGGUAAUUUGGUCACUUCAGAUACAAACUCUAUCAUUUUGGGAAAGUCAUUUAUGAAAACUGCAAAAACAAAAAUAGAUGUUUUUAACGGCAUGAUUUCAAUGGAGUUUGAUGAGGAAGUGGUUAAUUUUAAAACUAAUAAUGAUAAUUUUCCUUUUCAUAAUAUUUCUAUCAAUUAUUUAGGUACCGGUAGUCCAUUAUCUGAGGGCUGCUAUGAGUUUUCUAAUAUCUUUGUGCAAGGAAUAUUUGUAGAUAAAAAUUUAUCAGACACAUCAGAAGACAAAGAAAAUAGGACAUCUAGAAAAGAAGAAAGUUUUAAGAAAAGAAGGAGAAAAUUUCUAAAAAAAAAAAUGAAGAUCAAAAAGAGAAAGAAGUCUAAUCAUCUAAAAGGAUUAUCUGAAGACAAUCUAGAGUCUUUCUAG